CGUUUAUUCAAUUAACUUCAAGAUUGAUUGAAGAUACAAAUCUUGAAAUCAAAAUUCACUUCACAACUUAUAAAUUUAUUGAUGUGCGUUUAAUUGAUCAUUGCAUAGGAUUAUUUAAAUUGGAAUCCAAGUAUUAUAACAUUGAUAAAGAGAAUAAUGUUGAGGAAGAAUGGGAUGACAUUUGA